AUCGCGCCGAGCCUGUGUACUACUAUAUACGCAGAGUAUAUUUUAUAUACCGUAUAACAACAGUCGCGUCGUUUCACUAUCCACUGUGUGCCAAGCCAAGCGAGGAUCGCCUUUUUUUUACAUUUUCAAUAAACCAACGUUUGGUUCGUGUGUUGUUUACAGUUGUUGUUGUUGUUGUUGUUGUUGCUGUGUGCUGUUUCAUUUUUUUGUUGUUGAUGUUUAGUUCUGCUGUGAUUUCGUUCGGCUUCAGUGCUCAAGUGUGAAGUUUUUAUAUUCGUUCGAAUUUAUUACAAAAAUUUAAGUGUCCAGGCGGCGGUUGCAGCGAAGCGACGAUCGCUUGCUUGCUUGAGCGCAGAUCUCUGUUUACGCGCGAUUCCUUCCUUCCUCUGCUUUGCAGCAGCAGCAGCAGCAGCAGUCGAGAGAAUCGUUAAAUCGUCCAUAGUGAUUGGUCCUUAAAAGAGCGCACCGAUUCGAGUGAGCACUAGAGGGAUACGCAGCCUCGCUACGUUUUAUAAUAUAGCAGCAGCAGCAGCGGAGGUGAAACGAGCAACGACGACAUAACAUAACCAUGGGUCGCACCGGCUAUACGUGCAUUAGGCAUGUGUUCUGCUCGCUCAACGUCCUCAUUUGGUUGUGCGCUUGCGGCAUGCUCGGCGCCGGCCUCUGGAUGCGAUUGAACUAUCCGUACGAGCACGGCUACGGCACCCUCGUGCCACAGUACCCGUACGCCUCGUCGGACAUCGUCGUGCUGGCCAUCGGCUGUCUCACGUUCCUCGUCGCCUUCUUCGGCUGCUGCGGCGCCUGGUUCCAGUCCCGAUGUCUCCUGAUCACGUACUUCAGUCUCGUCAUACUGGUAUUCUUGGCGGAAUUCAUGCUCGGCUCGCUGGCCUUCAUCUUCAAGGAUCAAGUGGGCAUCACGAUGAAGGAGCAGCUCUACAACGGCAUUCAAGAGCACUACAGCGACGAAAACGUCCACGAGAGCGGCACUUUCGCUAAUUUCUGGGAUUACAUACAAUCGACCUUCCAAUGCUGCGGAGUCGACAAGUACAACGACUGGUACAACAUCAAGGCAUGGCCGCGCGAGGAGCGCGUGCCCGACUCGUGCUGCCGGGUGCGCGAGCGCUACUGCGGCAAGCAGUACGAGAACGACGAUCGCCAGCUCAACUGGUAUCAGGACGGCUGCUCGGCGGCCAUACAGAUGUGGCUGGUGCAGCGUCUGCACUUCGUGGGAAGCGUCGGCUUGGCCAUAGGCUUCGUCCAGCUGUUCGGCCUCAUCGCCAGCAUGAUACUCUUCUGCACGGUCAGGCACAAGCGAUCAACCCACACGUACAAAAGCUACGACACAACGACGACAUAAAAAGCAAAAAAGCAAAAAUUUGACGAUCAUGCCUCUAUAACUAUGAUUUUUUUACAUCAUCCACAAUCUUCACGGUUAUAGUUUUAAUUUUUAAAUUAUUAUCAUUAUGAAUUAUUAUUAUUAUUUAUUUCGUCACUUUUAUCGAGAGCAAAAUAAUUAAACGCCACUCGCGUGGGCAGAAACACGAUACAUAACAUAAUAUGAUAUUACACGCAUACAUAAAAAAAAGAAACGCACAUGUAUACGUUUUUAAAACAUGCGAGUGGCAUAUAUUAUUUUUAAUGAUGCGUGGAUAAAUGUUGAUAAACCCCCUUUUUAAAUGUUCGAGCUUAUAACGUGUAAGUUUAAUUGACUCUCUGUGUAUGUGUAUGCCCUGCAGCUCCGAGAGAGACGAGCAUCAGGAAACGAGGUAAAGCUUUGCCGAUUCUGGAUGAGGAAUACCGAUUAAGUUGAUGAUGAUGAUGAUGAUGACGGCGGCGUUCGGCGGAUGUAACGUCGAGAGGAUCAAGCGGAUGAAUGAUUAGAACAAAACGAAAGUACUAUAUGUAGCCAUAAAAUCCUCGCUCUUAUCUCUCUCAGACCUGUGCUUUCGACGAUGCGAGGCGAUUCGUGAAGUGCUUUAUAUAGACAAUGACAAAAAUCGGCACGAUUCGAGACUCGAGGCGAGCGCAAAAUUUUUCUUUAUAAUUUUUCGCAUCUUGUGCACGCACGAUUAUUAAUUUUAACGCACAAUUUUCAUUUCAUUAUGUGGUAACGAGCUGCUAAAUACAUUUGUUCAUGCGUAGAAGCGAUCAAAGAUUUGUAAAUAAGAAACGAAUUCGUAAGUAAGUUAAGAAAAUAAAUUCAAAAUUGUUUUAUAAUUACGCACCUUACAAUCUUUGAUCUAGUGUGCCAAAAAAAAAGAUAACGAAAAAUUUUGACAUGAAUGAUGUAUGUGUAUGCGUGAAUGUGUGUGAAUGAAUCUCUGUGAGUGUAAUGGUAUUUGACAGUAUUCAAUAUGGCAAUUGUAAGCCGAAAGCGAGUAUAGACAUUUUCAUUCAUGUGAAUACGCCGCAGUGGACAUAUUAAAAUAAUAGCAAUAAUAACAUUUAUAUUUGUGAUAAACUACACAUUACACGAUCUUUUUUUUUUCAUCGUUAAUCGAAAAUUUUUGACACUACCUUCGAUUCAUUGCCUCACUGUGUGAAAAAAGCAACGAUUACACGCGCACUCGCAAAAAUAUUUCUUUACAAAGCUUAUACAAUGCGACAAAUUUGUCAUCAUUCGUAUCUUUUGAUUUAGUGCCAUGUAAAUGCCGAAAGUAAAAAGAUUUCAUCGUAAAAUGCUGUUUGGUUUUCUUUUCUAACUGUAAGACCGAGUGAAUACUUUGAGUGCGCAACAAAAGCUUUCUUUAUAAAUAUUAAAAUAUACGUAGAGUAAGACGCCUAAUUUAAGACGAUGGAAGUAUAAUAAUGCAUUUAUCGUUACGACUAUAUUUUUACAGGACUAAAAUUAAUAGAAAUUCCGGACAUUACUGCUGCUUUGUAGAGGACAUAAAAAGAUAGUGAUUAGUCAAGAAGUGCCCCGAAGAUUGUAUUUAUCAACAUGGAAAUAUAUGAACGUAUAUUUUAUAACACGUUGACUAUUAUUUAUAUGAAAUUUGGAAAAGAGCAUAUUCUCGUAUUUGUACAGUAGCUGCAAACGUAUAUAACGUAACAAUUUUUUUUCUAUAGAAGACUGUCUAUCUCGAUGGUUGUAAUUUUCACAUUUAAAACUUUAAAAAAGUUAUAUUGUAAUGCGUUAUACAAAUUAUAUAGCUUUUACUUGUUUUCUGUAUGCCAAUUUUUCAUAAAAAUCAAAUCCGAAUAAAACUUUCAAAUUGUAUAGUGUAUUAUAGAAUAUAAAAAAAGAAAUGUAUGUAAUAAGCAAAGGAUAAUCGAUGGCAACUUCAAAACAGGUAGUUUAAUGCUACUCGCGUGUACAAUUUGUGCGCACGCGAACUAGCAUUAUAACGAACGAUAGAUUGUACAGAUCGAGAGGAAAGAAGAAUAAUAAAGAAAUAUUUAUAAUAAGCAUUGGCGCUCGCGUCAAUCACAAUGUAUAAUUCCUACUUUGUCAAUUCAUACAAAUUAUAUUGCUACAACGCAAAGAAAGAGAAGAGGAAGAAAAAUUACCUAUACACGACCGACACUUUAUAAUAGAUAAGUAAAUGACUUUUCUGUUAUAACGUCGAUGAUUAUCGUAGAGAGAAAAAUAUUUUUAAUACGCGUGGUAGUAUUUGCAAUCUUGCUGUUUUUGUUUUGAAUUUUGAAAGAUCAGAUGUAUAAAUGUUGGUCAAUUAUUGAGAAAUUGAAUCAUUUCUUUCUAAAUAAUACGAGUUUAUAUUAUUAUAACUACGAUUUUUUCUACAUACACUUUAUACACAAAAAUUUAGCAGCGAUGUUUCUUAU